UGCCCCAGAUCCCAGGCUCAGCCCUAUGGGCUCCGGGCUUGGCAAGAUUACCCUCCUGCCAAUUUCGACCAGCUGGCCUUUGAUCCACUUCCCACACGCGACCCCUUUUUCCUUCAUCAUCCCGUCCCGACGCCGUUGCCCACAUCCCGCGACACCUCAAUUGCCCCGCGCAACCCGUCGCAAUGGCCCUCCUCCAGCUCCGGCGCACCCGCGCCGCAGCCCUCGUGCUCCUCGCGGGCUUUGUCCUCGCAGCGUGGGCCAACACCACCUCCGACAAAACCGUGACGCCCUCCCCCGAAACCCUCUCCCUCGCUGACCUGGACGCCCAACUUCAAGAAUGCCCCAUCAUCAACCACCUCUCCACGCUCAAAGCCACCGCGCACGCCGCGCACCCCCCGUCCUUCACAGCACGGCUCUUCACCGCGCUGUUCCCCUCCUCCCACCCGGCCAUCAACGCCCUCCUCGCAACCCUCUACAUCUCGGGCCCACCCAACUUCUUGCUCGCAUUAUGCCCCACCAACAUCGACCCGGCCUCGCUCUCCGUCAUGGUCGCCUUCGCCGUCGGCGGCCUGCUCGGCGACACCCUCUUCCACCUGCUGCCCGAGAUCUUCCUCGGCGAGGACGAGCCCAACCGCGUGCGCCUCGUGCUGGUGGAGCCGAACCGGAAUCUGUUGUUGGGGGUUGCCGUGCUGGUGGGGUUUUUGGUGUUCGUGGGCAUGGAUAAGGGGUUGAGGAUUGCUACUGGGGGGGAGGGCGGGCAUGAUCAUGGGCAUGGGCAUGGGCAUGCGGAUGUGCGUGGGGGGGAGGGGAGGUCGAGUGCGGUUGGGGAGAAGGAGGGGGCGAGGUUGAGGAAGGGGAAGAAGGAGGGGAGUGGCAAGGAGGAGGAGGUGGUAGUCGUGGAGAAGAAGGAGGUUAACCCGUCGGUUAAGCUGGGCGGGUUGUUGAACAUGAUCGCCGACUUCACGCACAACAUCACCGACGGCCUGGCCAUGUCGGCGUCCUUCUACGCGUCCCCCACCAUCGGCGCCACGACCACCGUCGCCGUCUUCUUCCACGAGAUCCCGCACGAGGUGGGCGACUUUGCACUGCUCGUCCAGUCGGGCUUCACCAAGCGCCAGGCCAUGGGCGCGCAGUUCGUCACGGCCAUUGGCGCCCUGCUUGGCACGCUCAUCGGCAUUGCGGUGCAGGAGUUUGGCGGCGGCGGCGGCAGCGGCGGCGACGGAGCGGAGAUGAGCAUGCGUGGCGGCCUCUGGGGCACCAGCCUUACCUGGGGCGACAUGCUGCUGCCCUUCACCGCGGGCACGUUCCUCUACGUCGGAACGGUGGCUGUCAUCCCCGAGCUGCUCGAGACGGGCCCUAACAAGGCGGCCGAGCUGCGCAAGACGCUGGUGCAGUUUGCGGCGAUCCUGGCUGGGGCGGGCAUCAUGCUAUACAUCUCGUGGCACGACUGAGGAAUUAGUGGGACAGUUGUUUCGGAGUUCACGAUAUCUUCGGGCGAACGAGCUGUUCGCUUGCCGAUAGAGUUGACUUCAAAAAAUCGUCGAGUCACGUCAUGUUAGAAUAUGUAGAGUCAUAGACGGCCAGCGUCGGCAUUGUCGCCGAGGUCGCAUCCAAGCGGGUUGGAUACAAAUAACCGUUUAAUUAUGGGAUCUUUUUCAUUCUAUGUA